UUUUUUUUUCAAUAGAUCGGAGGACGUCCUUGUCACACACUAUUGCUUUCCUUGUCUAGCGUCACUAGACAAGGAGGGCACUAGCGUGCGACAAGCAGCAUAUACGCGCCAUAGACAAAGAGGGUAACAGCGUGCGAUAAGGACAAAAAUAUAAAUUAGUUCCGACACCUAUCCUAGGGGUGAUCCACACGGUUCAUGCUUAAUUAAGUACUAUCAUAGAAUUUAUAUGUGUACAUCCAUCCAUAAAUAUAUGCACAUGACAUGCUUUCAAAUCGAAUUGAUAAGACUGCUAUGAAGUAAGUUAAUGUUGACAGAGGAAUCAAACUUCGCGCGUAUAUAAAAUUUAUGAAUACUGAUGAUAAUUCACGUGCACAUUUAAAAUCAUAAACAACAAAAAUAUAACUUUAACAAAAUAUAUAAUGUGAUUUGGUAAAUAUAUAAUGAAAUAGCAUCACUACAGAAUGAUCCAGUAUUGAUUAGUUUGAGUAAGCAGAUAUUGUCUGCGGAAUAAAAUCACGUGUUUAAUAAAAGGAAAAAGAUAUUAAAAAUGAUUAUCCGAAAAAGAAUUUGGCCUCGCACGUUAAGUGAUUUCUUUUCUAUGACUUUUAUAUUAACAAUUAUACCAGUAAUAUAUUGGUUUGAAUUGUGGGUGGUUUUGCCGGCAAUGCACGAAUAUGGGUCAUUGCCAUAUAUUUUUCAUUUUUUUUUUGGAAAUUUUAUUAUGUUAAAUAUAGUUGGAAACUUCACUUAUAUAGUAUUUUGUGAUACUAGUACUAGAAGAGAUAUUAUGUCAAUAAGUGCUGCAAAUACUAAAGAUGGUUGGAGAUUAUGUGCUUCAUGUGAAACUCUUGCACCUCCACGUUCAUGGCACUGCUCUACAUGUAAUAUUUGUAUUUUAAAGAGGGAUCAUCAUUGUAUUUUUACUGGAUGUUGUAUUGGUCAUUAUAAUCAUAGAUACUUUAUCAUGUUUCUGGUAUAUUUAUUUGUAGCAACAACAUAUAGCUUUUGUCAUAACAAUUUUUUUAUUUGGAAUAGGAUGCAUUUUGAAUUUCCUAUGUCGCUUAUUAAAAUCAUCUUUCCUUUAGCAAUUUUUAUUUUUGGAUUUGAUGAUUCUAUAAAUCAGUUUUAUCUCAUACUAUAUAUUGUAUCUGUGGUAGGAAUGUUGUAUACAGGAGUUUUGUGUAUUUAUCACUUUUGUUUAGUGUUUAAUGGUAAUGUAGCUAAUGAGAAUAAUAAGAAAAUACAUAUAUAUAAUUUAGGUUGGAAACAAAAUUUAAAAGAAGUAUUAGGUGAUCGAUGGUACCUUACAUGGAUACUUCCUUAUAUAAAAUCUCAACUACCCCAUAAUGGAGUAAUAUGGGAUACAUCAAAUUCAUGGUUAUAUACAAACUCCAAAAGUAAAUAAAUUUAUUAAACUGUUUA